AGUUUCUGGCGUCUGUACAACUGGGUGUUUUUUUCGGCGAUAGCUGCAAAUCGUCCAUCAGGCUCUCGAGGCUUUGGGGGCGAAGAGCGCCCGGAAAAAAAAACCAUCCAUGGGCAGCAUACAAAUGCUGCGUUGAGACCCCCGCUCGUUCUCGUUGUCCCUCCACGACCAGGUUGUCCGCGUCGCGGCUCGCUCAGGCAAACGAAAAAUCUCUAUCAUCAGACUUCACCCGUGCCGACGACAGGCACAAGUCCUUUCGCAUCUCUCCGUCACAAAUUUAGAUUUCCGCAAACCACGAGUUUUCGAUUGAAAUCACACGGAGUGCUGCUACCAAGAAACGGAAAUGAACGACGGCAACAUCUUUGUUCGAGAAGAUGCAGACGGAAGGUGUCAAGUCCGGAAAUCGUGGACGUCCGGCACGUACGGUCGCGAUGAGCAUUACAAAAUCGUGAAAACGUGAUCGGCACAUGAAAAGUCUCUUCGCAACAUGUUGAGCCCCUUCCUGCAGUGUGGCCAUUCCAUUUUCGUUCCCUGAUGAUCAAUCAGAAGAAAAUCGCGAAUUUAAAUAAGAAGUCUUUAUUUCGCGAAAAGCGUCAUGUCUCCGAUUUCAAACUCGUGUCGUCUGCUGGAACUGAGCACUGCAGUGAACAAUUUGAAGCCAUUUUUGUGUCUUGCAUUCGUUUUUCAAUCUCAUAGUCGGGGCCGAGUCUUCCUUCUCAUCGACGCUGGAACGCACGUCGACACGCCAGGAACCAAAAUUGCAAUUGCGCGAAUGGAUGAUGAUGACGACGAAGGCUUACAAUUCGAACUCGUAGACAGCAGCGUCAUUCGGCGAUCCACGUGCCUUGGGAGCCAAGUUGAUGCUGAAGUUGUUCCUGCGGAGUCUGCUUUGGCGACAAUGUCGAAGUAUGACAGGCGGAGCCAGGUAUUUCAUUGAAAUUUUGGAACGGCUUUGAGACUUGCUUUUUCGUUGAUUAUCUCAGCGAAAACGAAAGCGCUUGUCCAAACAGAAUUUUUUUCUAUUUGGACAAACUUAUUUUCUUGAAGAGAAUUUGCACUGUAUGAAUGUAGUCAAGCCAAUAUGUACAGGUGGGGCUUGCAUAGAAAUCACAGCAAAGUGGAGAUAACGACUUCAAUUUGCCAGCAAAAAUACAGUCUCAGUCGUCCAGAUCUUUUCAAUCGAUACACCACAAAAGCGCUCAAAAGUACCGCGACGCUCAAGCCAAGUAAGACCGAGUUAGCCGCUGGGGUCGCAUAUCGAUCGCGCUCAUCAUUCGGGUCUGGAAAAUUGCAAAUUCUGUAUAGCUAUCGAUGCUGCCAGAAAGUAAAUGCAGACAACAAAACUGUAUGAUGCAAAAUUACAAUUACGGGCAGCAUUCCCUCCAGUUGUGCCAGUUGUAUGUUGAUGAGUCCAGUUUUUCAACAACACUCGCAUCACGAAUGGCAAUGGAAAUGGCAUAAUCAUGGACUUUACGAUUUUGCAUAUGUGAAUUAUUGAUAUUGUGAGACUUCUUGCAGCCGAAGCCGUGAUGGAAAUCGUCCAAAAGGCCGGGCAAAUUUCUGACGACUCGGAACUAUUUGCACUGGAUGUCACGGUGACGCUAGACAAAUCGGGCUCGUCACCAACAGCUACCCUCUUUCCGAACUGUGCGAACCCGAAGUGCAACGAGAAUUUGAUGAGCGACCUCAAACACUACCGCGUCGCACCAAACGCAGCUAUCUUCUGCCAGAACUGCUGGGACGGAGGCUUCAAACACCACGACAAGUAUCGCGACGUCCCCGUUCCACCCGCGCAUUCCUUCCUAGAGAACUUCAUGCAAGAGGAGAGACGCUUGAAGGCGGAAAAAACCGAGGACGAGCAGGACGCAGCACCGCGCGUCGGUGGCCGCUUUCCGAAGCGCUGGGGUGCGAUGUCGAAGCUCCACGAGGAACAGGACGGCUAUCUCCUUUUCCGACUGCAAGAAAGCGAGAAAUUUCACCUGGGUCGCGAACUAAAAGUGGAGCCCUUGCUGCGCGUCGAUCCGGUCAAGGGGACGUUCGCGUUCUGCGCUCGAAAAUACAAAAUGAACGGGACAGGUGGUGACAAGGAAUGGGAGGCAGAGCGGGACUUUUUCGCACGGGAGGUAGAAAAUAACCAAACAAGCCACUCUGCUCUGAUCGGCGUAAUCGCGUCUAACGAGACCAUCGACGGCAUUCCGAGCAUCCUCACCACCGCGGUCAUCUCCGCAACACAGGGACUACCGGCAGGCUGCAGUUUUCAAAAGGCGCUGGGUUUCUUCUUGUCUGGGUUCAACGGGUUGCAGUGGCUACACCAGAAGGGCUACGUUCACCGUGAUCUGAAGCCAGCAAAUAUGGGGAUCGACGCAAAGAACUACCCUACCGAUUUGGUGUGCAAACUAAUGGACUUCGGCCACGCAGCAAAAUACACUGACGGCGGCGAUUUCUGCUGGACCUCGCUCGCAGACGCGCCAUCAGUCUCCCCAGAGCAGACGCAGAAGUGGAUGGCCGACAUUCUGAACUUGCAGCUUGGUCCAAAUCCGCACCCAACUUCGGUUUUUCCUUUUUACGCGCUGGUCCAAGAGUUGGUGAAGGAACAAAUUUCGACACCACAGCGAAGGGACUACUGGGGUCUGGGGGUGUCCUAUUUCACGAUCGCGGUGUUCCACUUCGCCAGACACUUGAAGGUCAUUCAGGACAUCGAGAAGUUGCUUCAGAACGACCACCCAUUCAAGGGCUUCGGGGUGGAGUACGCUUUGCCGUACUGGGAACGACACGGAGAUAAAUUCCGACUCCCCGAUCCAGUAGAGCUCGUCGACCCCACGACCAAUACAAAACAAGAAACGAAUAACCCUCCACCCGAAGAUGUUGAAGGCGCCCUAGGAAUCGAGUAUCCUGUGCAAAAGUAUCGCACUCGUACUAAUUGCGUUUUUUAUGCAUUACAAAUCUGGUCCCUAAGGCAAAUCCGCAUUACAAAUUAAAUUUGUAAUGCUGAGCAAAUUUGCAAUGCAAUUCAUACUAGUACUAUGAUACUUUUGCAGUUCAUAUCGAGAACGGAGACGCAAAUGCAGUGAUCGCAAAGGAGGACGAGGAUGACAUGCUGGGAAAUUUCAAGUCCGGCAGCGACAGCAGCUUAGGUCCGCAAAAAAGUAUGAAGAAGGUCCAGCGCGCCGCAGUGGCCCAGAAAAUCCCAACUCAUGGUGGUGCCAGUGACAAAAGCAGCGCCCCUGCGUCGUCUCCCGACACCACGUCCAGUUCCGGGUUUCCUGCAAGCUCGUCCAACAGCACCGGAACCGGGGCCGGGUCAUCCUCAACCACAACUGCCGGCGGGCACAAGGCAGAACUACUGUCAGCGGCACCAGCAGGGAAUCCAGGAAGCUUUUUCGAUGAUAAGGAUACGCAAUGCAAAAGUGUCGUACUACUACAAAUAGCAUCACAAAUUUCAUCGUCAAGAAAUAAGAAGUGGAGAUUGUCAUUCUGUUUCAGGUUUGAAAAGACAAAGAGAUCUUUGAUGCUGCAUGACUACAAUGAAAAUUUAUACGAGUCGUCCGUGCGACGCUUUUGCAAUGCGGGCAUAAAGGAUAUCCAGUGCAGAUACGUCUGGGUCUGGAAUAUAGCAAAAAUUGAUGUCGUGCAUGUUCUGCAUGAUCCAGGAUUUCUGUGGUGUAUGCCCCAGCAUCACGACAGAUUUUGUGAUAACUUCCCGAUGCCUAUACUGUAUGAGACGUGCAAGUGCUCCCUUCGCGUAUCAGAAACUGGACUACUAUUGCUGGUAACGCAAUACAGAUUCUUGUAGACCCCAUUUUGCAUUCCAUGCACCUGGAGGGCACAAGCCUCAUACCAUACCAUCCAAAGUCAGCAUCACAAGUCCCACCUUUCCAGACCCAGACAACAUACUUGCAAUGGAUAAAGGAUAAGCAGGAACAAUUCGGCGGGGCGAAGAAGUCUGCCGCAUCGAAGAAAACGCUAGGUCGACAACCUAAAAUACUACCUGCGGGUAACGCUGAUCAGGACAAGCAGCCCGACUAUGCAACCUACCCAUUGCAAUACCCAUCUGCAGGCGGAAUAAACAUCGGGCAGCCAGAAGCAAAAGUGCGGCCCAGCAGAAGUGAAGGAUUGCUUCUUGCCGCUCGAAGUGGUACUGUAGUGUGAUAAGUGUCUAUCUGCUUCUAUUCCUGUGUUCGUAUCCACCUUUGCUUGGAGUUACGGCACCUGUGCCCAAGUUGUCUUCAGUCGUAUUGUUGGUGAAAAACAAAAAGUAGAUGAAUUCGAAAUAUUUAUGAAAACCUUCAUUUGAGGUCGAGCGGGCAAAAAACCGGCCGUGGACCUCGGUCUGGAUGCGUUAGACCACCUGAAUGACCUCGGCGAAGACACCAAUACCCAAUCACAGAAUCCGGGCCCGAGUGGGAAAGGAAAGAAGCGCAAUGCGGCAGCGGCUAAGCAGUGGAAAUAAGCGUGGGUCGUCAAACAUUUUUCUUGCAGCAGCUCGUUAUAGUUAAUAUCAUAAGUAGCCAAGAUCGUUUGCGGAUUCGUAGACGAAUCCGCAAAUAAAGUGGGCGAUCGAGGACACUUUUUCCCUCUUACAAAGCUAGUUAGCUUGGUGAUCAAAUCCAAGCAGGGUAUGAAAAAUCAAUAUCAUCCUUGUCAUGCAUUUUGUAGUUUAAGAGCAAAACUAGUGCGUUUUUAUAUAGCUCAUACCUAGAUUUUUAGACAGCUUUGAAAUAUAUAUACUUUUGUGCGCGAUCGACCUUGUUUGCAACCAGUAGCACUAGCCGUAGCCGAAAAGCAGGAACAUUGUUGCAAUCCUUUCGACGACCCACACGUAUUUGCAGCCGUUCAUAUCCGAGUCGCAGGUCUCCUCGAAGCCGAAGGCGUUCAUCCUGAAAGCAAGGAAGUCCAACGAUAUGGGCCGCUCAGCUGUUCUUGCAAUCUCGUAUAUCACUUACAGCACCAGGAACAAGUAACUUUUUGCUUUCAUGUACACAAAAUUAGCCACCAAGGCGAUGGCAGUCGAAACGUUUUUCCAACGCAUUUGGAGUCGAAAGCAGGUCAUGAUUUUAGAUGAGGCGACGUCUCGGCUCAAUAUCGUUGCCCCAAUUCGAUGAAGCUGUACUACCUGCAAAUUUUCAUUGCCCCCACGUUGGGUCCAUAAGGAGCACAUCGCUGUCACAAUUCUGCUUUGUUAAUGGUCAGCAUUGACGUCGUGUGAGAUUGAAACGCCUGAGCGGUCCAUAAUUCACGGGUCCGCCUCCUCUACAUCUGAAUCUGCCGCGAGCCCCGACUUACUAUCCUGUGCAAAAUUUUCGCAUUGGUACUAACACCAGUCACAUCUUUUGCAUAGAAGGAGAAUCAGCAACACACAAUCAAGUUGGGAAAAUGUGUAUAGGUCAAUGACUACGUACAGAUGUGAUGUUUUUGCAAUGCAUACUUGCUCGACGACAGCAACCGCGAUUCUGAUUCGCUUUUCUUCGGUUCCAGCUCUGCUUAUCAAGUGCACGCAUGUCAAGGUCCUUGUCAGGGAAAGGCACAAGUGGUAUUGCGCUAGCGUGCCCACUUGAAUGUAAUAUAUCGAUCGAAAACAAUCUAUGCAGUGUGUAAGCACGAAAAACAAAAGAAGCACGUGCGUCAUCAAUAAUAUAGAUACGAAUUACGCUAAAGUAGCUGCGCCACUGGUGCAACCUGCCGGCCACGGCGCACAAUUGAGGGCUGUCUACUGUGAAGAAUCAUUCAGGACAGACCUUGCAGAGGCCUCUGCGGUGCCUUCUAGUCAUUCUAGGCACGGCUUCCGCAUGGAGGUUCCCGAACGGUUGUUGCGGUGGGUGUACAGGUCUGCUCGAGCCCAAGAUUGGUCUAUGGUCAGAGACCUUUCUUCAUGUUGAUCGCGGCGAAGCACACAUUGCGCUCCUGCCAUUCCGGCUCGCUGUCCAAUCACUUGGAAAAGGACCAUGAGCAGCAACCUUGCUUCUUCAUCGACUGAAAGCGCGGCUGCACUUUCCCUGAUUCGAAUCUGUAAGUGUGCAAUGCAUAUUCUUCUGGCCAAUUCCGGGAGCUCGAACUCCAAGGUGGACCCGAAAUUGAAACAUGCCGACAAGCCGUCUGCGGCACAGAAUCCGCAGGUGCUACUUGGUGCACCCCCAAGGAGUGCGGCGUCUUCGUCGUCCACGAGCGUCUCCGGGAAGAAACCCCAACUACUCUCUGGCCCAGUCUCGGGAAGUGCUUCCUCUUCUUCUUCUGCCGACGUAUCCCGACCUCCAAAUACGGGCGGUACGAGCAAGAUAAUGGAUACGGGCGAUCAGGGCAGUAAAGCCGAAGAACGGGAAGACUCAGGUAUGCCUCUUGAUCAAAAUGCCCGCACUCAGCAGCAAUCAGCGCCAUUUGCAUGCAAUGUUGUCCUCGUUGGAGAUCGGGAUGAGAGAGAACAUUACAAAAGAAAGUCGAGGUAGGCGAAAGCUCGCUGUCAUGCAUUUGUCCCUCGACUCUCUUUCACGCUGUGAAGCUCUACUUACACUAGAUGCAGUUAUGGACCUAUCUGUAGAUGCUCAUGUUGUGGCAACGAUUAUAUUUAUACACUGAGUGCGAUUUUUGAUCCUGCAUACCGAAGGAACGGAAGAGGAAAAAACAAGAGGCGAAAGCGGAAAGUUAUCACUCUGGCAAAGCGCCUCCACCACGAUUCGGAAAAAAUUGGCAUGCAAACUUUUUACAGUCUUGCAUAAUUCAUGUCUCUGCAUCAAAUGAGGAAAUGCACUGCGCUGGCAUGGGGCGAUGCCGUAUUGCAAGCCUGGCAUGAAUAUCAAAUGUAAAAGUGUCUGGGUCUGGGAGAAUGGAACUUGUCAUGCUAAAUCCGAAUAAUGCAAAAAUCUGUGUUGCAUGAGUGCCAAAAGCUGUCCACUUUCGACCAAGUUGGGAGGGAGUUUCUCAUGCGGGAUAGGCAUGGCAGAGACCUCACAGACUCUGUCAUGCUAGGUCCUGCAUUCUAGGCCUCAUGGGUCAUGGAAAAUCUGCAUGACAAAUCUCGCAAUCUUCCAGACCCAGACACUUUUGCGCUUGAUAAUGAAGGGUCCCGCGCCGUGCACCAAAUGACACGGCGCUCUUGAUCAUUACCAUGCAGCCGGGCUGUGCAAGCCACCCACAUUCCAGGAAGCGGGCAGGCAUUCCUGCUUUGUAUUUUAUUGCUUCGGGCAAAGUAAAAUUUUCUUUCUCGUUUUGAGCCAAUUAUCGCGAAGGGGCGGUGCGCGCCUUGUUCUAGUUGAUAAAGCGGAGAAGCUAGUCCAGCAGGAGAGUAAAUAUCACCUUGACGAAAGCGGCUGAACCCAGGACAUGCAUUACCAUUGCUGGCAUUCUCUCUGAGGGCGGCUUAAAUCUGGUUGGGGAUGAUAGUGAUACUCGCCAUUGCGCUGCAGUGGUCAGUUAAUCGGACAUCUCGUGUUCUUGUUCCCUGUCAUGCCUCACAGCCAUCGCCCGGGCUCUAUGAAGAUCAUGAUUCCUCGCUUGUAUUUUUUGGUCAUGACGGGAAACCACCUAGGAAGCUGUUCAUGAGAGCUAGCAGCUGCUUUCGAAUUGAUACAAAGAAGAUCGAGGAAACGCGUGCCAACAUCCUAGCGCAGCACGGGCUUCUUUUACGAGUUUUUUCGGGCCACGCGAAAGACCUGGACAAGCGGAAAAAGCUUCCGAACCACGUCGCAAAUUACCUGCUCUUCAUCCUCGAGCAGCUCCAGUCCGAGCACGACCGACUGGGCAACGCCCGUGCGCAGGAAAACGCAGCUUUCCAGGAAUUUCCACGCGCGGUCGUCAAUGGAGACAAGGACGACAAAGACGCGGAGGAUGUAUGCAUUGCAAAUGUUUCGCACUUGCACUAGAAGCGCAGCGGGUUGUAGGCGGAAAGAUGAAGCUUGUAGCUUUUAGCACUCAAAAGUAGAAAGAUUUGAGGCAAAAUGUGCUGCAGGAGGUUCUAUACAAGAAGUGCGACACAUUUGCAAAGGAUAGGGCGUUAUCCAAUGCAAAAUCGCUACAAUCCUGACGGGGGUCAGUGCGUGAUACGGAAGUGCGGAAAUUCUUGCUGCCAGGGUGGAAAGGUUACGCAUGUUAUAUAUGUGCUAUGCUAUUUUUACUAGCCCCUUAGACGCCGGCGUCCAGGACGCUGGCAGGGGCUAGUAGUUCUCGCUUUAACUUCAAGCGCGCCGCCAUGACUCUCUUCGGCGCAGCCAGCGUGCCGGCGCGCAUGUCGCCGGCACGGAGUCCUCGUGGCGCGGACUCCUCUAUUUUUUCGCGCGCCCAAAAGCAGCCAAUAGGCCAGAUCCCCACCCGCGCGCCCACGUCAGUAGCUAGAACGGGGCCCGCGGUGGCUUUCGUUUUCUUCUUUGAAGGCCCGCAGUCGGGCGCCCGCCUGGGGGGAAGAGCCUCGCACCCUCGCGGCGGCCUUUCGAAACUGAUAGGGCCAAGCGGGUGCGUGAGUCAGCGGGGAAAGAAGAUGCAGCAGAACGCCUGCCACCAUUACUCGCGGCCAGCAUUCUGCACGGGCAUGCAAGAGCGUGAUGGCCAACAGCGAAGGCCGCGACCGAGCUCUUGGGCGCCACGCUUUGACUCGGGUAAAGCGCUGGCGGCCACAGGUCUUGCCCAGCACACCCCUGGGCGGCCAUCGAUCCCAAUGGCCAUUCAUAUUAGGCACCCACUGUAUUUUCUUCUGCUCGCGAAAAAUGAUGGUCGCCAGCUCUUGGCCAUCACGCUUUCGCCCGUCCGUGCAAAGUGGUGGCCACGGGUAGUAGCAAGAGCCUCUAGCCAUAUACCCUUGACCACCACUUUGCCCGCGCGAAAAAGUCACAGCGAAAAGUGCCGACCGAAGACUAUUGAAAGAAUGACCGCCACGCCUCAGGCCGGGCAAAGAAAGUGGUGGCCGUGAGCGCCUGGCCAUCACACUCUCUUCGUUCGCAAAGAUUGAUGGUCGGCAGCUCUUUAGAGCCGAAGGCGCCCCGCCCCUCGCGCCUGGCCGCAACCCUCGCGCGCACCUCGCGCCUACCAGCAACCUGGCCUGCCAUUACCUGUGGGUGGCCAUCAUUUUGCCCGGGUGAAAGCGUGGCGGCGCACUUUUUUCGCUCGCCAAAUGUGAUGGUCGCUAGCUUCGGGGGGCAGCCAUAUUUACACAACGAGGGAACACGGGUGCGGCCCGCGUUGUUUUCUCAAGCAAGCUAGCUCUUUCAGGGAGCCUCUUGAGGGAGUUGCUCGCUGUCUUCAGGCGCCCUCUCAAGAGGUGCCGCCUAAGCAAUUUUCUCUUUAGGAUCCAUUUUCUAAGGGGCCGGGGCGCCCUAUAGAUUAUAAGCUACUAGCCUCUUGACGCGGGCGUCCCGGACGCCCGCUGGGCUAGUAGAUUUGCAGAUAAUUCUAAAGAUGGGAAUGUGUUCAGAAGGUCUGGCUUGGAGUCGAAUAGAAUGUGGCUAGAAGGUUGAAAAGUAUAACGCUGCCUGCCGCGAGGAAGAUCGUUGCCGCGCCUGCGCCUCUCCUAGCGGCCUCGCAGCUUUAACGCCUUUUGCGGUCCGGCGGACGGUCCGGCGUCCAGGACGCCGGCCCGCCGUCAGCCCUUUAGCUGCGUUGCCGCGCCUGCCUGCGCUUGCCCUAGCGGCCUCGCCGCUUUAACGCCUUUUGCGGUCCGGCGUCCAGGACACCGGCGCGCCGUCCGCCCUUUAGCCGCGUUGCCGCGCCUGCGCUUGCCCUAGCGGCCUCGCCGCUUCGACGCCUUUUGCGGUCCGGCGUCCAGGACGCCGGCCCGCCGUCAGCCCUUUAGCUGCGUUGCCGCGCCUGCCUGCGCUUGCCCUAGCGGCCUCGCCGCUUUAACGCCUUUUGCGGUCCGGCGUCCAGGACACCGGCGCGCCGUCCGCCCUUUAGCCGCGUUGCCGCGCCUGCGCUUGCCCUAGCGGCCUCGCCGCUUUAACGCCUUUUGCGGUCCGGCGUCCAGGACACCGCCGUCAGCCCUUUAGCCGCACGCGGCAAGCAAAGCGAGGGGGCCGGUUGCGAAGCUUAUUCUGAUCUGGGGCGGCUUCGGCGGCCGGCGUAAAGAAAACCCCCGCCCCUGGAUGGGGAUGAGACUCACGCUUCCGGGGGUUUGUUUGCGCGGUUUUGCCUCGCGCCCCCCCGCCCAUGCCAUGCACCAGAAGCCGAGAGGCAAAAGCGUGCGCGAGAAAAGUGACUGAAGCCGGAUAGGAAAAGCGUGCCCGGCAGGAACGAAAGAGGUGGCAAAAAGUGCCUGCCCGGAAGCUCUUGGCCAUCACUCUUGCCCGGCUGGCCGACCGGAAAGCGAUGGGCAAAAGUGAUGGCCAUGGAGCACUUGGCCAACACUUUUGCGCGACCCGAAAGUGGCGGCCGUGGAGCUCUUGGCCAACACUUUUGCCGGCGCGGGGCGGGGGAAAGUGACUGAUGGCCGAAAAUGACGGCCAGGGAGCUCUUGGCCACCACUUUUGCCCGACCGGACCGGAAGGCGGUGGGCAAAAGUGAUGGCCUGGGCAAGGAGCUCUUGGCCACCACUUUUGCCCACCCGGAACGAAAGGGAUGGCCAACGAGCGCAAGUCGAUGGCUGGCCAAGGAGCUCUUGGCCAUCAUUUUUGCCCGAUCGGAAAUGGAUGAGGAGGGAGCUCUUGGCCAUCACUUUUGCACGGCGGACCGGAAUGAAAGCGAUGGCCAGAAGUGAUGGCCGAGGAUUUUUGCAUGCCCGGGCGAAAAGCGGUGGCAGCGGAACUACCGGCCAUCACUUUUGCCCGACAGGAAAGCGCUGGGCAAAAGUGGCGGCCAAGGAGUUGUCGCCACCGUUUUUCUCUGCCCGGCCGAAAAGUGAUGGCCAGGAAGCUUCUGGCCAUUACUUUUGCCCGACCGGAAAGCGAUCGAUGGCAAAAAGUGAUGGCCGCGGAGUUCUCGGCCGCCACUCUUGCCCGACCGGAAAGCGAUGGCGAAAAUCGCUUUUGCUCGAACGAAAAGCGAUGGCCGCGGGGCUCUUGGCCAUCACCUUGGCCCGGCCGAAAGGCGAUGCCCAGGCAGGGGGCUCUUCGCCAUCACUUUUGCCAGCGCUUGAAAAGGGUUUUUUUUUAUCGAAAAAAACCAGCGCCAAGCUAUUCGAGGCCCCGCGCUGUCGUCAGGAUACGCCUCGCGACAAUAUCCUGGCGAUGGAUAGCAGGGGGAUUCGGACCCGAAAAAAUGGCUUUCCCAUUUUUCCAGUCCGAGCCCCCCUUCUGUCGUUAGCAAAGUAUCCUGACGACAGCAGGGGGGUUCGGGGAUGAGAAUGGCUCUCACGCUUGGGCUGCAAGUUGUGAAAACCGCUCUCAGGCCCGAGCCCCCCUAUUGUCGCCCGGAUGCUGUCUUGAAGGCUUUCGCGACAGCAUCCCGACGACAGCAGGGGGAUUCGGACAGGAAAUCGGUUUUCACAAUUUGCCCGCCCAAAGUGAUAGUCCUGGAGCUCUUGGCCAUUACUUCAGCCCGAGCGACCCGCCGGGAAGCGAUGGCCAGCGGGCCCUUGGCGAGGACUUUUGCCCGGGCGGAAGGCGGUGGCCAGGGAGCUCUCGGCCAUCACUUUUGCCCGGCCGGGAAGUGAAGGCUCAGGAGCCCCUGGCCAACACUUUACCCGGCCCGCCGGAAAAUGAUGGCACCAGAGGAGCUCUUGCCCACCAUUUUUGCCCGGCCGGAAAGUCAAAGUAGUGACCAAGGGCCCGACCGGAAGCGGAAAGUGAUGGCCCAGGAGCUCCUGCCCUUGGCCGUCUCUUUUGCCCGGCGGGCCGGAAAGUGAUGGCCAAAAUCGAUGGCCAGGCCGGGGCCCUUAGCCAUCAUUUUUGUCCGGCCGGAAAGUCAUGGCCAAGGGGCUCUCGGCCAUGACUUAUGUCCGAGCCAGCGGAAAGUGGUGGCCGACGAGCUCUUGGCCGCCACUGUUGCCCGGCCGGAAAGUGAUGGCCAAAAGUUUCAAUUUUGCUCGAGCGGAGGCGAUGGCCAAGGAGCCCUUCGCCGUCACUUUUGCCCCGCCCGGCUGGGCAAGGAGCUUCUGGCCAUCAUUCAUUCACAUGAUUCGGCCACUCUGGCCAUUCUGGUGCUGGCAUUCACAUGCUCGCCAGGGCGUGCAGGAUAACACUUUGCACGACGGUACGGGGUACAGAUAGCGGGAACGUGUUCAAUCUGUUACACGAAGCCUCUAGACGAGACCGCCUGAGCACAUUCGUUUAGAAUUAUUUUUCUAAGUGCCUCCUAUAGAUUAGAGCAAAGGGGGAAGCCAAGUUCGUUUCGCUAUUAUUAUAAUUAUAUGACCUCCUUCUGAAUAGUUAUUAGUGUAUCUAUGCACCCAUGCCGAUGCCUAAGGGGCCGGAUAUUUUUUUCCUACUUCCCCGGACGGCGAUUUUGCAUACCAUACGACUAGCUACUGUGAUUAACAGCCUGUUGUCUAUCCACCCAGCCCGCCGCGGGAAGGGGGCGAAGCAAGUAGACAGCCAAAGGUCGUCGGGCCGAAAGCCCUCGGACAUAGGUGACAAGGUGGAUGACCGUAAAAAAGCCAGUUUCUAAAUUUCAAUGUUGGUGCCCGCAGCGCUGUCGCAUGAUGCCAGUGCCGAUCUUUUACAUGAAGUGGCUAAAGUGUUGCAUUGUGUGCGGUCCAAAACGCACAACCGGCGUAGACACCACCGCAGAAAAAUCCGACCGAGG